GGCUUCUAUAUGUUCUCUCAUUUCUGACAAGUCUUAUCAAUUUCGGAUAUUCAUAUUUAAUAUCAUUGGAAGCCAACAAUCUUGAUCACCUCUUAACAACAGGUGGUAAUAAUCCUUCAGGAUCUUCAGGUCCAAUAUUUUUAAGUAAACAUGGAAGAUGCGUAAAACAUCUUAAAAUUUCAUCAAUAAUAUUUUCCUCAAUUCAAAAUCAUUCAACAUUAAUUGAUUUAGGUGGAUUUGAUCAAAGAGAAGUUGAUAUGGUACUUGAUAGAUUUAAAAGUAAAUGGAUUAUGAUCACACCAAAGAUUCGAUUUAAAUUACCAGAAAUUUAUUAUCCUCGAUCAAGUUUUAAACGAAGAUUACCUUGGUAUUUAUAUAAACUUGAUGGAUGUGGAGGAUCCUGGGAAAGGGAAGGAUACGUUGAAUAUAAUAAUCUUUUAUGGGAAAUUAGAUCAAAAUCAAAACAAACUCAUUACAAUAAUAUUGGUAAUAAAGCAGUCGAGAAGAGUACGCUAAGAUCUCAAUUCAAGGAGAAAGAUCAUCUUAAUCCUCCAGUUCUUACCCAAUUUCAAUCCGAAUUUCUAAUUAAUUUUUAUUUUUCAUAUCUUCACGAAUUUACCCCUGUUCUAAAUCAAAUAAUAUUCUUGGCUCAAUAUUAUUCAACAUAUAGAAAACCAUCAGCUGUAUUACUGUACUCAAUAUAUUCAGCUUGUAUCUGUUUCUUAAAUAAAAGUGGUAUAGAUCUACGAGCUUUAAAUAUUACAAAUAUUUCGUCGAAUACGAAAUCAUAUAUCGAAUUCACAAAAUCAUUUUUGAAUGGUGAACUCGAAAGUGGUAGCGGGUCAUCAUUGGAAAAAUUUCAAGCUAGUUGCAUUUUAUAUUGGUGUACGUGGUUAGGAUUUCACAAAAAUCAUUCGUCGCAAGUUGAAACCUGGAUGCGAAAAACCUGGGAAGAAAUAAAAAAUAACAAUCAUAAUUCUAUGGUAUUUGGUGAUACAUCUAAAAUUUGGGAACACGAGCUCUUUCGAAGAACUUAUUGGGUAUUUGCUAUUAUGAAUGUUGAUUUGGAUGAAAAUCAUCCAGAUCUUCCUCGUUAUGAAGAUGGACAAGGUGGAGAAAUCGAAAUCAUUAAGAAAGGUUACAAUGUAAAUAAUCAAGAAGAAAUACUUCAAUGUCGAUAUGGAUUAAACAAAAGUCAUUAUGUCCAAAGUAAUGUUAUCACUGAAUUUAAGAUCUUAGUAAAAUAUUGGAAAAUUAUUCAAUAUAUACUUAAUGGAAAAAAUCCAUUGGAUUGUUGGAUGCACGGAUCUCUGAGAUUACAAGAAUUCCAAUAUCAAACAUUUAGUAGUAAUAAUAAUAUUCAGACGAUCAAGUUCAUAAAAUCGUUACUUGAAAAUAUGUAUUAUGAAACUAUUAGUAUUCUAUUGGGAAAUGUGAAUAAUCUUUUAAAAGCAUCCAAGGAGAUUACGAGAAAUGCUAUGAUGUUAUUAGAAUAUAAACAAUUUGUUCCAUAUUCACAUUGGAGCUAUUUCUGUUUAAGAAUAUCAAUACAAAUUCUGAUUUAUUUGUUGAAGUUGCAUCAGCAUGACAUAUCAUUGAGGAGUUAUGUGACGGAUUUACUUGCAGCGUCAUUUUCGAUUUUAACGAGAGAUGAUUAUUUUAGUACAAAUAUAUCACGAGAAAUUUCGCAAUUUUGGACUUCCAUUUGUAUAUCUAGGAAGAUAAGAAUAAAAAAAUCAAACGAAUCUAUCGGCAUAUCAUUUAUUACAAAUCAAGAAGAGAUCGAAUUAAUAAUCACGCUUUUUGAGUCCUUACUACAUAAGUUUAAUUCCGGCGAUCACAUGAUGAUCAGUUCAUUGAACAAUUCAAAUAUAUAUAUACACCAAGUAAAUCAUUUAAGUGAUUUAACUGAUUUAAAUGAUUUAAAUGAUUUAAAUAAUGGUUUUGAUAAUUUAAAUAGUGUUGAAACCUUAGAUAGUUUAAAUAAUUUAAAUAAUUUAAAUAAUUUAAAUAAUUUAAAUAGUUUUGAUAAUUUAAAUAGUGUUUCCAUAUUAAAUAAUUUAAAUAAUUCGGGAGGUGAACAUCCAAAAGCAACAUCGUGGAAUUCAUUAUAUGGACGAUUUGCAAACGACUUUCAACAAACUGAAAAUUCAUUUCAAAAUCAACUACAAUGUGAACAACAAGAUGAUUAUUAUUGUCAUGCUGGGAGUAAUUGA